CAAAGCUUGUGUUUUUAAUGGUAGCUGGAAUGCUAGUAUUGAGAAAAAGUAGAUUGAGUUAUUAGACAAGCAGAGUAGUGAUUUUUAUCUUCCCCUAGUGAAAGCCUGGAACAGAACAAAAUGCUGUUGGCUCUUGUUGUCAUAUAGGUUUCUGAAUUUAUAGUAAAAAGUGGCUGUUCAUGCUUAAGCUACUGCUUUAAGAUGUCAGCAGGAAAAAAUAUCACUGUGAACAAUGUUGAGAUAAUAUCUCUAUGGCUUCCAUUUAGCACAAGCUUCAAUCGUUUCACAACUGCAGACAAAUUCUUUAAAAAUGAAAGGCAGUUUGUGAAACACAGAUCUUUAGGAAGAUAGAUUGUACUGUGUAUCUUCUCACUUUACAAGUAAAUAGUUUAGUAUCAUUCAUAAAUUCCCUUGCCUGUUCAAAGAAAAUCCUUAAGUUGUUUCUGAAGGAACUGGUACUGUAUCUAACACUCUGCAUCAGGUUUCACUGUCAGUUCUACUAAUCUGUUUCCUUGUUAUCAAUUUCUCUGGCUUUUAUGUGUAUAUCUAAUGUAACUUUUGUUCUGGAAAAUAUUUUUUUUAAAAUCCAGAAAUAUAGAACAAUAGAGUACAGACUAAGACUGGCUUGUAAGACAUUUGUUAAUCUCAUAUUUGGGUUCAUGAAGCUUGCUUCUAAGAACUGAAUUUUAUGAAAGAUUCAUAGCAGCUCAUCCAGCUAUUUUGCAUGACUUGCAAGAAGAAAAGCUUAGAAGUCAAACUACCAGCCACUCAUUACUAGUUGUUUAAAAAUAUCCUGUGAUGCACUAAAUGGUACCUAUUCUGAAAAGUUCAGCUUUGAUUUAAAAUGCAACUUGCUGUAAUUUGUCUUGGUCAUAGGAAAAGCAUUUUGAGUGGUUUAAGUUGAUUUAAGUCCUGAUUCUAAAUUUGCUAUUGUGUAACUUCAGUUGUCAUACUCCUUUUAUAACUAUGUCUACUUGAAAGUGUAAUACCAAACCUUUAGAUGAGUAAGAAGGGGAAGGCAGAGGGCUUGCAUAUCCUAAUUCUGGAGUCUUAUGUAUCAUGAUAUAUAAUGAUUAUAUGAAUUCUACAUUUCUUGCUGCAAUACAAUAAGUUAUUGCUUUGGUUUGUAGGCCAGGGGUUUGGAACUACUGUCAUGGACUCCUAAAAGAAAUUUCUGCUUUUUUUAGAUGGAGGCAGGAUCUGGACUACCCAUGCUCCAGCAGCUAUGGUCCCCUUUCUUGGAAGCAUUAAAAGAAAUAGAUGAUGUCUAUGAAAAAUACAAGUCAGAAAAUGAUCCUGUUCAGAAGAAACGCUUGCAGCAGCAUCUUCAGCGUGCAUUAAUCAACAGCCAAGAACUUGGAGAUGAAAAAAUUCAAAUAGUUACUCAGAUGUUAGAACUGGUAGAGAAUAGAGCCCGGCAAAUGGAAACACACUCUCAGUGUUUUCAAGAUCUAUCUGAGAACGAAAAGCCUCUAGAAAAGGCAAAGAUGGAGUCCUGCCAGCCAGAGAGAUCUUCACGUAGACCUCGUCGCCAGCGAACCAGCGAAAGCCGUGAUCUGUGCCAUAUAGCAAAUGGUAUUGAUGACUGCGAUGAUCAGCCACCUAAAGAAAAAAGGUCUAAAUCUUCCAAGAAGAAAAAACGCUCCAAAGCCAAACAAGAGAGAGAGGUUUCACCUGUAGAAUUUGCAAUUGAUCCCAAUGAACCAACUUACUGCUUAUGCAACCAAGUGUCUUAUGGUGAAAUGAUAGGAUGUGAUAACGAACAGUGUCCUAUUGAGUGGUUCCACUUCUCAUGUGUUGGACUCACCUACAAACCAAAGGGGAAAUGGUAUUGCCCCAAGUGCAGAGGAGACAAUGAGAAAACAAUGGACAAAUGUACUGACAAAUCAAAAAAGGAUAGAAGAUCGAGGUAGUGAAAGCAAUUCAUGUUUUAAAGAGUUGCUCCUUUUAUAUUAAAAUGUUUAAUUUCCAGAGAAAGCUGUUUUAGGAAAUGCAUAAGACUAUGCAAUAAUUUUUAAUCUAUAAUAUUAAUGGAGUAUUAAAAGCUGUUAUACCUUCUGUGAUCUUUAACUUUCUGCACUGAAUAACCAAAUAAUUGAAACAGGGUGGCUUCAGAACUUCACAGAAGACAUUACAAGCAUAUGGCGCUUGGUUUCAAUUUAACCCCAUUAGUAUUUUAAAGAACCUUCUGAAUCUUGAAAUAAUGGUGGUGGGAAAGAUGCUGAAGAACUUUUCAUGUUAUGGUAAAGGUGUUGAAAGGCCUCCCGUAACUGCUAGAAUCUUAACAACUGAAUUUGUUCUUUAUUACAGAUCGUAAGUUUUCAGGUUUUGUGUUAAGAUCACACAUUUGGAGUUAGGGGUUUUUGAAUUCAGCUGUAACUGUAAAAGUCUUCCGAGCUAAAAGCAGACCUCUUCAGUGACUUUCAUAUGACCGGUAUGUUAUUUCAAGGAAGAAAAUACCACUAACUUAAGCUUUUUUUUUGUCAAUAUUAAACUCUUGUCUUUGUGACU